AUUUGGUUCACCCAACGCACAGAUAGCAACGAAGUCACCAGAAGUAAGACAACAAACGAAACUGAAAGCGACCAUAUUAUUCUACAUGCCAGUGCAGAUAUUACCGACAUCAGAUCGGGUCAUUUAUCUAACCAUUUUAAUACAACCAGACCACGAAAUAUGAGGAGAACGGGUAAAGUGCAGUAUGGAACGUUCAGAAGUAAGCUUACUUCUGCAGUAAAACACAAAAGCAGCAAUUUAUCUAGUGAAAUAACUGAGCUGGUAAACGCAGAAGAAAGACCAGCCAUAAAUGAUGAUGACUCUGUCAACGGAAAUUACUUUAGGCUUGAGCCUGAGACAAAUCUGUGCAGAGAUAGACAGUACUUCCUCCAGCCUAGAGACUUUCGUGUGUCUUCUUGUUCCAUGUGUUUAGUGUAUCUUUUCCCCUCCACACAUGGCUUUCAACUCGCCAUGACAAACAAAACUGCCUUCUUACUGAGGAUCCACCACGCACAGUACAGCACACAAUCGCAGUCAGACGGCCAUGGCUACACGACAACGACAAGGUCAGCGACAACAAAAACGGAUGGUGGAUUCGGAUCAGAAAAAGACAGCAGUGAAUCUAAAAAAAGAGUAGCAUCUGUGUUGAUUGGCAGUGACAACGAUAUCCACCAUGAAGUCACAAGUCGAUCAUCCAACCCCGAAAGUGUGUACAUUUCUGAAAUCUUCCCAGAUGUCGAGGAUAACACAAGUACAGAGGAAGUAUGUGAAGCACUCUCCAAGCCCCAGUGCCACAGGUGGAUAAGAUGCUGCAAUGCUGCCCGUGAUUGUUGCCACGACCAAAUGUCCCGCAGACACACAGAGGGAACUUUCUCUGGACACCAGAACAGGACAACACACUGUCCACAGACUUGGGAUGGCUACUCCUGUGUAAAUGCGACCCUGGCAGGUCAAGUUGCCUCCGUCGGUUGUCCAGAUUUUAUAGCGGACAACCAUUUGAACGUUGGGGCUCGAGCUACGCGGACGUGUCUGGACUCCGGCCAGUGGUGGAAGCACCCUCAACACCGACUUGAGUGGACAGACUACUCGUCCUGUAUUUCUUAUAACGUUGAUUCCCUGGAAGCUGAACAGAUAGUGUCUAUCGUGUGCAACGUCAUCAGUUUGGUCCUUCUGAGUCCGGCAAUUUUGGUAUUCCUAUGCAUCAGGGGGCGCUGGUGA